AUGACGUCGAAUCACUCAAGUACCGGUGGUUCCAGUUCCGGGUACUCGGGCCCGGGUCAGCGACUACACCCUAGUGCCGACCCAACGUCGACUGAAUCGCCGACACCCGCGACUACUGUGACGCCGAGGACACCCUCGCCUCCGCGGAACACGGGCCCGACGAGUAUCCAGUUCCUUCUCAAUCCUGUUGAGAACGCGGCCGUCGCGCCGCUGCAGGUUGACAACGACAUCCGCCGAGAUGACCAUGACUCGGCCUACGGCUCCGACGCCGGGUCCGCGUACACGUCGUCUAUCACAUCGUCCAUCUAUCAUUACCAGUAUGAGAACGGCCGGCGAUAUCACGCGUACCGCGAGGGGCAGUAUGUCCUCCCGAACGACGACCAGGAGCAGGAACGCCUGGACCUUCAACAUCAUAUCUGGCGCCUGCUGUUGGGUGGUCGAACCUACACGGCACCUCUACCGGAUCCGGCGAGUGAGGCAGCUGAGGGGCUGAGGGUACUUGACCUCGGCACAGGCACCGGCAUAUGGGCGAUUGAUCUAGCGGACGAGUUUCCCACAGCGGAUGUGUUUGGCGUUGACUUAUCCCCGAUCCAGCCUGAGUGGGUUCCCACGAAUUGCAAGUUUCAUGUCGACGACUAUGAAGACGACUGGACGUAUCGUGAGGAUGAGAAAUUCGACUACAUCCAUGGCCGUGCGCUAAGCGGCACAUCAUCAAAUUGGGCGCGAUUCUAUGACAGGGUCAUGGGCGGGUUGAAGCCUGGUGGAUGGGUGGAGAUGCAAGAGUACGACGCCUGGAUCUUUAGUGACGACGACAGCUUCGAUCGGGCAAUUUGGACGAAGGAGUGGGUCACGAAGCUCGACGAUGCGAGUAAGACAUACGGCAAACAGAUCAACGUUGCGAGGUUUCACAAGCAGUGGAUGAUUGACGCUGGUUUUGAGGAUGUUCAAGAACUGAUACCUAUCGGCCCAUGGGCAAAAGAGCCUGCUUUGAAAGAGCUGGGUCGUUAUGAGCUGGCGCACAUGCAGAUGUCAGUUGAAUCACACACCCCUGCCCUAUUCACGCGAGUAUUGGGUUUCAGUGAGGACCAGGCACGAGUCCUCAUGGAAGGUGUAAAGAGGGAGUUCAGGAGCAAAGACUACAGGCUCAUCACAAGUUAUCGCUUCAUCACAGGAAGGAAGCCUCAAGGACUACCAUAA